AUGGCAUGGCAGAUCGGGGUGAAGAGUGAGUGGAAGCCACCGCACGGCCGGCUGGUGCUCUUCCUCGGCAACAAGGAGACGGCGCCGCUCACCGCUCUCACCGCCUCCACACCGCCCACGCCUGGCCUGCGAGUCAUCCUCUCGCCGCUGCCUCAAGUCAUCCCCCCCCGCGCCCAGAUCCAGCUACCAGUGGAGGCGGCAGCAGUGCUGGUACCCAGGGAGGCGCCGCGCCUGGACAUGGCGUACACGCUGCCGUCGGGCACGCGCGUGCCGCUGCGCCUGCACCUGCCCGUGGCGCUCUGCAAGGCGCUGCUGCCGGCGUCGCUGUCCUCUGCUGACUUCUUUGCUCGCUGGAAGACCCUCUCUGCUCCGCCGCACAAACAGCAAGUCGUGCUGAGAGGAGUGAAGCCGCUACCGCUGCCUGCACUGGCACAGCUGCUGGCAUCCAUGCGCAUCAACCCACUGCCCAACCUGGUCAGACCCGCCGUGCCGCCUCUCCCGCUUUCCACCACCAACCCUUUGCUCUUUCAACCCCCCCUCCGUUUCACAAUUUCUGGCAUUUUCCACCCCAUCCCCCUCUAUCCUCGCUCACCCUCUCCCCCACUCACCCCUCUUCUCAUCCCUUUCCCCGUCCCUCUCGCCCUCGUGCUCCCCUCUCCCCCCAUGGGCGCACCAGGACCCAAACCCCAACAACUUAGUGGCGUGCUGCACGUUGCAUACAGAGACCACCCCGCCCACCCUCCUCCUCGUAAGCUGCUACCCCCGUGCUCUCCUCCCAACGCCUUCCUGCCUCUCACUGCGCGUCUGGAGACGGACCCAGCGGACCGCUCGCAGCUGCGCCUCACCUGCGCCUCCUCCGACCCCACCGCCUCCGCUGCGCUGAAGGAAUUUAUCAGCGACAACAUCAGUGAGCUGCCGCCAGCCUGGCUGCAGCCGCCCCCAGUGGCCGCCCAGCAGCAGCAAGGGGGAGCCGCAAUGCUCGCCCUGCCCUGGUCCGGUGCCCCUGCUGCUGCUGCUGUUUCUUCCCCUCCUGGCCCCACUGCCCUCGCCCCCUCGCCCGCUGCCCCUCACAUGGUGCUUCCGGGGGGUGCUCCUCCCCCUGCUGCUGCCGGCAUGGCACCCAUGCUGUAUGGGGGCAUGCCCAUGCAGGGGCCUGAGAUGGGCAUGGCUGGACCCAUGGGGAUGGCAGGGCCAGGCAUGCCUCCUCCCAUGCAGAUGGGCGGCGGCAUGGGUAGGCCGGGUGGCAUGGGGCCGGGCGGCAUGGGGCCGGGCGGCAUGGGCCCAGGCGGCAUGGGGCCGGGCGGCAUGGGCCCAGGCAGCAUGGGGCCGGGCGGCAUGGGCCCAGGCGGCAUGGGGCCGGGUGGCAUGGGCAUGGGGGGGCAGAUGCCCAUGCACGUGGGGGGGAUGCCUGGUGCCAUGGGCAUGCCAGGUGCCAUGCCGGGUUACAGGCCUGGAGGGCCUGCUUCCGGGUCCCUGCUCUGA